AUGGAUGACGAGCUGUUUGACGUCUUCGAGGACGGCCCGCAGACGGCAACAACCGCUGCGCACAAGCCCAAGCAAACAAAGAAGCGCCAGGCAAACGGCGAGGUCAAAUCGCCCGUGCAUGAUGCCCCCAUGCAGGACGCGCCUGCUUGUGUAGACGAAGAAGUUACAAAACAAAAGCGCCAAAAGCGCGACCUCGAGCCCGAACCGGUCGUCACGGAUGCCUUCGAGACGGAGCAGUCGCGCGAGGUCGCCGCUUCCGCAGGCCUACAGGGCCAGGCACACCAAGAUGGACAGGCCGUCGUGCUAUCACAUCAGGUCCGUCAUCAGGUCGCCCUGCCGCCCGACUACGACUAUGUCCCCAUAUCCGAGCACAAGCCGCCGAACGACCCCGCACGAACAUGGCCUUUCACCCUCGAUCCUUUCCAGCAGGUCUCUAUCGCGUCGAUACAGCGGGGCGAAAGUGUCCUAGUCUCUGCGCAUACAUCUGCCGGCAAGACGGUUGUGGCAGAAUAUGCAAUCGCGCAGUGCCUGAAAAACAACCAGCGUGUUAUUUAUACAAGCCCCAUCAAGGCGUUGAGCAACCAGAAGUAUCGAGAGUUCACAGCUGAGUUUGGUGAUGUGGGCCUUAUGACGGGCGAUGUCACCAUCAACCCCACCGCGACGUGUCUGGUCAUGACGACUGAGAUUCUUCGGUCCAUGCUGUACCGAGGCUCCGAAAUCAUGCGUGAAGUGGCAUGGGUCGUCUUCGACGAGGUGCACUAUCUACGCGAUAAGUCGCGCGGCGUCGUAUGGGAGGAGACCAUCAUUCUACUGCCCGACAAAGUUCGCUACGUCUUUCUGUCCGCCACCAUUCCGAAUGCCAUGCAAUUUGCGGAAUGGAUCACCAAGACUCACAAACAGCCGUGCCACGUCGUAUACACCGAUUUUCGUCCGACACCGUUGCAGCACUACUUUUUCCCAGAAGGCGCCGAUGGCAUACAUCUGAUUGUUGAUGAGAAAGGAGCUUUCCGCGAGGAGAACUUCCAGAAGGCCAUGGCUUCGAUUGCGGAGAAGGCUGGCACCGCUGCAGAUGACUUCCUGGCUAAGAGGAAAGGGAAAGGCAAGGACAAAAAGACGAACAAGGGCGGCAACAAGGACCAGUCCGAUAUCUACAAGAUUGUGAAGAUGAUCAUGCUGAAGAACUACAACCCAGUGAUUGUCUUCAGCUUCAGCAAGCGAGAAUGCGAGAAUUAUGCUCUGGCUAUGAGCCAGCUUGCCUUCAACGACGAAUCGGAAAAGGCCAUGGUGUCUAAGGUUUUCAACAGCGCUAUCGAGAUGCUUUCGGAAGAAGAUCGCUCCCUCGCACAGAUACAGAACAUCCUCCCGCUCUUGAGGCGCGGCAUCGGCGUUCAUCACUCAGGUCUGUUACCCAUCCUGAAGGAGACCAUCGAAAUCCUCUUCCAGGAAGGUUUAAUCAAGGUGCUCUUUGCGACAGAAACCUUUUCGAUCGGCUUAAAUAUGCCGGCGAAGACUGUUGUCUUCACUAGUGUGCGGAAGUUCGAUGGCGUCUCCCAGCGAUGGGUCACGCCGUCCGAAUUCAUCCAGAUGUCUGGGCGUGCCGGUCGUCGUGGUCUUGACGAACGCGGAAUCGUCAUCAUGAUGAUCAACGAGCAAAUGGAACCAGCUGUAGCAAAGGAGAUCGUUCGCGGCCAACAAGAUAACCUCAACUCGGCUUUCCACCUUGGCUACAACAUGGUUCUCAACUUGCUGAGAGUCGAGGGCAUCUCUCCAGAAUUCAUGCUGGAGCGUUGCUUUUCACAGUUUCAGAACACUGCAAGCGUUAGCAAUCUGGAAAAGAAGUUGCGGGAGCUCGAGAGCGAGCGCGACAAUAUGAUUAUUACUGAUGAGACCGCCAUUCGCGAUUACUACAACCUGCGAGAACAGCUUGACAAUCUAACGAAGGACAUGCGGGACGUCAUACAGCAUCCGGCACAUUGCUUGCAAUUCCUGCAGCCUGGACGUCUAGUCAGGAUCAAGUACAAAGAGCACGACUUUGGAUGGGGCGCCGUUGUCAAUGUUACGCAACGUAAACCUGAGAGAGGUGAGAAGUUCCGCGAGCAGGAGUCAUAUGUUCUAGAUUGCGCGCUUGUUGUGGCCAGUGAUACGAAAUACGUGCCACACAGUAACAAUGGCUUGCCUCCGGGCGUCCGCCCUCCAUCUGCUGGUGACAAAGGCAAAGUCGAAUCUGUGCCAGUGCUUUUAUCGGCCAUGGAGUCUAUCGGUCAUCUUCGCUUGUUCCUCCCAAAGGAUAUCAAGACCACCGAGAACAAGGUUCACGUCCAAAAGGCGUUGGAUGAAGUCAAAAAGCGUUUUCCUGAUGGAAUUGCAAUCUUGGAUCCUAUAGAGAACAUGAAGAUACACGAUGAGGUCUUCAAGCGAACACUCAGAAAGAUCGAAGUCUUGGAAUCGCGCUUGCUUUCCAACCCAUUGCACAACUCACCACGGUUGCUAGAGCUUUACAAUCAAUACGCGAAGAAGAUCGCGAUUGGCGACAAUAUUAAAGCGCUCAAGAGGGAGAUCUCGGCCGCGCUUUCUGUUAUACACAUGGAUGAGUUGAACGCCCGCAAGCGUGUCUUACGUCGUUUGGGCUUCAUCAAGGAUGCAGAUGUCGUUCAACUCAAAGCACGAGUUGCAUGCGAAAUUAGCACCGGCGACGAGCUUGUGCUAAGCGAGUUGUUAUUCGAAAAAGAAUUCAACACGCUGACACCCGAACAGUGCGCAGCCUGCCUUAGUUGCUUCAUCUUUGAGGAGAAGAGCAAGGAGGCGCCAUCGCUGAGGGAGGACCUUGCCUUCCCAUUCAGGAAGAUCCAAGACAAGGCCAAAUAUAUUGUCAAAGUUUCUAAGGACGCUAAGAUGCCUCUCAACGAAGAUGAAUACGUCCAGUCGUUCAAGUGCGAGCUCAUGGAGGUCGUGUAUCAAUGGUGUAAAGGCGCGUCGUUUGCUGAAAUCUGCAAAAUGACCGACGUCUACGAGGGCAGUCUCAUCCGCCUCUUCAGACGUUUGGAAGAAUUGCUCCGACAGGUGGCCCAGGCCGCCAAGGUCAUGGGAAGUGAAGAGCUUGAGCAAAAGUUUACGGCAGCGCUCGAGCUCGUCAGGCGAGAUCUCGUGGCGGCGCAGUCUUUGUAUCUCUAG